AUGCCCAAAGAUGGCCAGGAGAACGAUUUCGACGUCGCUGCACUUCUCGGGGAGAUCAGCGAUGACAGCGAAGAAGAGGUGAAGCCAAAGCCCAAAGUGGCCGAAGCAGCAGAAGAGGCAGAAGAAGAGGAAGAUGAGGAAGAGGAAGAAGAGGAGGAGGAAGAGGAGGAGGAAGAGGAUGAGGAGAUUGGAGAUGCAGGCUUUCCGCGCAGAUCGUCUGUCAAGUCUGAGGCUGCCAGGAGGUCCUCCGGGCGGAUGGAGGCUCCGAGGACCUCCAUCCACAACAGUCACCUCGACGAAGUGGACCGGCUGCUAUCAGGACUUCUGGAGGAAGCCCAGUCGCCCAGCGGCAGCGACUCGGAGUUCGGAGCCGGCGAGAUGCGCGCGCACGACCAGAAGUUGGCGCAAAAGGAUGCGGCCUUGCGUGUGGCGCCCGCGCAUGCGGCCACCCAAAAGCCCCGCGCCGGUCAAGAGCAAGAGACAGUGCUCGACUUGGACAAGGCAGGCGGUCGCAGACCCAGCGUGGCUUCUUCAGGCAGCGUGAGGGAGGCGCCCAGUUCCCACGAGGAUGCCCCCGCUGCGGCCUCACAUGCAUCGCCCUCGCAUAGGCUGACAUGCCGUAAGCAUGCGACUAUGCUGGACCUGGACGAGGUAGCAGGUGGUCAUCGCACUCCCAGCGUGGCUUCUGCUUCAGGCAGUGUGCGGGAAGCGGCGCACAGUUUGCACGAGGAUGCAGCCCACGCUGCGGCCUCACAUGCAGCGCCCGCGCAUAGGCUGACAUGCCGCAAGCAUGCGACUAUGCUGGACCUGGACGAGGUAGCAGGUGGUCAUCGCACUCCCAGCGUGGCUUCUGCUUCAGGCAGUGUGCGGGAAGCGGCGCACAGUUUGCACGAGGAUGCAGCCUCUGCGGCCUCGCAUGUGACCUCGCACAAGCCCACAUGCCACCAGCACGAGACUCUGCCGGACCUGCAGGUCGGGCACCGUCCCGGUUCUUCAGGCAGCGUGCGGGAGGAUGGCCAAAGUCGCCUCCGCUCAGGCUGCAACCUGGCUUUGGACGAGGAUGCUCAGUCGCCCUGCCUCACGACGCCCUCUGCUUCUGAAGCAUCCAGGCCGAAGGGUGGAAGGAUUCGCGGAUUCAUUGACGGGGAUCGAUCGCAUGGGGAUCGCACCAGCAAGCAGAAUCCGGGCGGAGGCAGAGGCGGAAAGGCCAUCUCGAGAAUGCACAGCUUCAACCUGUGCAGGUCUGCAUCUUCAGAGAUGAACUUUUUCCCGGACAGCAUGCGCGGAGGGCCCAAGAACUGGCGGUUUCUGAGAGUGGCGCUCAAUACCGCCCAACGGCGUCGGGCCAGGGCCGGCACCCACUUCUCGGGCCGGCGCUAG